AUGAGUAGGGCCAAAGAAUUACAAGAAAAGCUCAAUUUGCAAGCCAAACUUCAGUCAACUUUCAGUAACAAUACAGCUGCGGUUUUAGACUGGCUGAAAGAAUCGGAUGAAACCGGUGACAGCACUGAUACAGAACGUAAUAAACAGGUAGAAAAUCAUAAAGAGUUGGAGGAUGGCAAGAAGGCAUUUUUCAAACUUCCCGUUUUGCAGAUUGGGUCGGGCCUACACUUUCGCACACAAGAUGACGUUUCUAGUAAAGAAGAUAUACAUACGAUUGGUGAAUUUAUUGAGGGUGAUAAAAAGGUAAGUUCGUUGGCAAAGAAAAAGAAAAGAAGCGACCAAGGGUUGCAGCGAAAUAAUAUGUACAGAAUCACUAAAGAUGAUACCAAAGCCAUGGUUGCGCUAAAAAGAAAAAUGAGGAAAGGUGAGAGGGGAGGACUAAGAAAGAAACAAGAGCAGACCAAAAGCAAUAUCUCGACCUCGUAUAGUUUUAGCGAUGAAGAAAAUGGAGACGUAGGGGCAAUGCCGCAAAAGUCUACAAAAAAAACUUUUGGUUUGCUUUUUGAUAAAAAAAAAAGAGCACGUAAAUGA